AUGCUCUCCACACCCUCUCUCCCCACUCCCUCACUUUUCCCUCUUCCUUACUCUCCCCACUCUCUCUCUCUCCCACCUCCUCACUCUCCUAAUUCCCUCUCUCCUCACUCCGUCUUUCUCUCCUCUCCCUCACUCCCCAUUCCCUCACUCUCCCCAUUCCCUCUCUCCCACCCCCUCACUCUCCUUACACCCUCUCUCUCCUCCCUCUCCCUCUCACCCUCACUCUACCCACUCCCUCUCUUUCACCCCCUCACUCUUCCCACCUCUUCAUUCUUCCACCCCAUCACUCUCCCCACUCCCUCUCUUCCAUCCUCCCCAUUCCCUCUCCCUCACUCUUUCCUCUCCCCCUCUCCACUCUUCCUCUCUCCCACCCUCUUCACUCCCUCUCUUCCACCCUCCCCACUCCCUCUCCCUCACUCUUUCCUCUCCCCACUCCCUCACUCUCUCUCUCUCCCACCCUCCUCACUCUCUCAACUCCCUCUCUUUCCUCACUCCCUCACUCUCCCCACCCCCACUCCCUCUCUUCCAGCCCCUCCCUCUCCCCUCUCCCUCUCUUCCACCCCCUCACUCUCCCCACCCUUUACUCUCCCACUCCCUCACUUUCUCUCUCCCCAAUCCCUCAUUCCCCCUCUCCCUCCCCGCCCCCUCACUCUCCCCACUCCCUCUCCCACCCUCUUCACUCUUCCUGCACCCUCUCUUUCAUCCUCCUCACUAUCUCCAUCACUCUCCCCAUUCCCUCACCAACUCCUUUCCCACUCCCUCUCUCUUCCACUCCUCACCCCCUCAUCCAAUCUCCCUACUCCUUAA